AGAAUCAAGAUAGGAGUCGUGACAUUGCAUCCAGCCAGUCUGUUCUACAUCGAUGGGAAACUAAGCAAAACCUCGGGCUUAUGUCUAAGAAGUACCAUUCUGACACAGAGAGGAAGAAAUGUCCUUGACAAAGGAAUCCUUGUGAGAAGUUAUGCCUCUAUCAUUCUGCUGGCCAGCAAGCAGGGCUGGCCUGUUUCUAUGUUGUAAAAACAUGCUGUGUGCUGAAGAUUUUGGACUUUGUCCUUUAUGAACUCUUUUAUAUUACUGCAGAACCAACCCAUCUUUUUUGUCCUUUCCCAAUUUUCCACACAAUAAAUUUACAUUAGUUUGUUUUAUGAUAGUA